ACUGCUGAGGCUGGGGCCAGGCUGCUGAGAUGAAGCUGGGCAGCGCCAUCCCCUGGGCCUUGCUGCUCAGUACAGCCACACUGGUUUCAACUGCACAGAAUAAAGGUUCUGAUGACUGCGGGGGCUUCCUCAAAAACUAUUCCGGCUGGAUCUCCUACUAUAAGGCGCUGACGACGAACUGUGUCUGGACCAUCGAGAUGAAACCCGGGCACAAAAUUAUACUGCAAAUCCUUCCUCUCAACCUCACCUGCGGGAAGGAGUAUCUAGAAGUCCGAGACCAACGGGCAGGACCUGAUAACUUUUUGAAGGUUUGUGGAGGCACAACUUUUGUCUAUCAGUCUUCUUCCAACGUUGCGACUGUUAAGUACUCCAGAGACUCCCACCACCCAGCCUCCUCCUUCAAUGUCUAUUUCUACGGCAUCCCACAAGGAGCCAAAGCUUAGACUCGUGUCUGAGGGUGGACAAGCAUUACAGAGGAAAGCCAUCUUUCCUGAAGACUCUUCUGGAAUCAGCAGGCCACGAGGACCAGCGUUUCCUGGUCACUUGUCUGAUCGCAGCUGCCCAUCCUGUCCUGUCUCCUCCAUCUUUCCAGCUAGGCUUUUCCCUGCAAAGGGAAAUUUCUCACUCCUGAGCUUUUAGAUAACUUGCCAGUCUUGUGGUUGGGUCAUUCUAUUUAUUGCUAUAAUCGUUUUGAAUAAAGUCUCUUUAC